AUGGCCCUUCCCGGCCGCCGUACCCGCCCUGACUCCGCCAGGAGGCGCGGCGCUGCGCUCACACAGCGGAAUCGAAACGAAACCGCCGGGUGGAGAGCCAAUCCGCUUCGAGCUUACUGCGCGGCGGCCCGCCCCCAGCCCCUCCAGCAGCCAAUAGGAUGCCGACUGUCGACGAGGUGCCCGCCCAGCCUCGGCGCGAUGGCCGCCGCCACGAGUUGUCGGCGCGUCGCGUUCGGCAGUCUGUCCGUCGGAGCAGUCGGCGGUCGGGCCGUGACGCGAUGGCGGCGCUUCCUGCUGCCUGGCGGCGGAACGCGGCUGGUGUCUGCCCGCAGCGCGGCGGCGGAACGUGGGCCCAGCUGUGCCGUGACGGUGGACGUCGGGGGCAGGAAGAUGGAACUGUCUUCUGGGAAACUUGCCAGGUUUGCUGAUGGAGCUGCUGUCGUUCAGCUAGGUGACACAGCAGUGAUGGUCACAGCAGUCAGUAAAACCAAACCUUCUCCGUCUCAAUUCAUGCCAUUAGUGGUUGACUAUCGCCAGAAAGCUGCAGCAGCAGGAAGGAUUCCAACAAACUAUCUAAGAAGAGAACUUGGUACUACUGAUAAAGAAAUUCUCACAAGCAGAGUAAUAGAUAGGUCAAUCAGACCCCUCUUUCCAGUAGGCUACUUUUAUGAUACACAGAUCCUUUGUAAUCUUUUAGCAGUAGAUGGUGUCAAUGAUCCUGAUGUUCUAGCAAUUAAUGGAGCUUCUGCAGCCCUUGCUUUAUCUGAUAUCCCAUGGAAUGGUCCUGUUGGUGCAGUCAGGGUAGGCCUGGUUGAUGGAGAAACUGUAAUCAACCCAACUCGAAAACAAAUGUCUUCUAGCGCUUUGAAUUUAGUUGUUGCUGCAGCCCCACAAAACCAAGUGGUUAUGUUGGAAGCAACUGCUGAGAAUAUAUUGCAACAAGAUUUCUGUCAUGCUAUCAAAGUAGGGGUGAAGCAAACCCAGCACAUAAUUCAAGGAAUUCAACAGCUGGUGAAAGAACGUGGUGUUGUCAAGAGAACUGUUCAGAAAUUAUUUGUUGCUCCUGAAGAGAUUGUGGAAUGUGCCAAGAAACUUGCUUUUAACAAGAUCUAUGCGGUGUUCACUGAUUUUAGCCACGAUAAAGUUUCUAGAGAUGAAGCAAUUAACAAAAUAAGACUUGAAACAGAGGAGCAGCUGAAAGAAAAAUUUCCAGAGGCUGAGCCAUAUGAAAUCAUGGAAUCUUUCAAUGCAGUCUCAAAGGAUAUCUUUAGAAAUCUUAUUCUGAGUGAAUACAGAAGGUGUGAUGGGAGAGAUUUGACUUCCCUCAGAGAUAUUAGAUGUGAAGUGAACAUGUUUAAAAUGCUUCAUGGAUCAGCCUUGUUUCAGAGAGGUCAAACGCAGGUUCUCUGCACUGUUACAUUUGACUCCAUAGAAUCCAGUGUAAAAUCAGAUCUUAUCUCAACAGCUGUGAGUGGAAUAAAAGAUAAGAACUUCAUGCUUCACUAUGAGUUUCCUCCUUAUGCAACUAAUGAGAUUGGCAAAGUUACUGGUGUGAAUAGAAGAGAACUUGGACAUGGUGCACUGGCAGAGAGAGCACUGAAACCAGUUAUUCCCCAGGAUUUCCCUUUCACAAUACGAGUUACUUCAGAAGUCUUAGAGUCAAACGGGUCCUCAUCAAUGGCUUCUGCAUGUGGUGGAAGUCUGGCAUUGAUGGAUGCAGGAGUUCCUGUAUCAAGUGCAGUGGCAGGUGUGGCAGUAGGUCUUGUUACCAAAUACGAUCCGGAAGGAGGAGAUCUUGAGGAUUAUCGUUUGCUGACAGACAUCCUGGGAAUUGAAGACUAUUAUGGUGAUAUGGACUUCAAGAUGGCAGGUACAAGUAAAGGAGUAACUGCCUUGCAGGUUGAUCUAAAACUACCAGGAAUACCAAUAAAAAUUAUCAUGGAAGCUAUUCAACAAGCUACAGCUGCCAAGAGGGAGAUUUUACAAAUUAUGAAUGAAACACUGGCAAAACCCAGACCUAACAGGAAAGAAAGUGGACCAGUUGUAGAAACUAUCCAUGUUCCAUUAUCAAAAAGGCUAAGAUUCCUUGGUCCUGGGGCCUAUAAUUUGAAGAAGUUGCAAGCUAAGACUGGUGUAACUUUAAGUCAGCUGGAUGAAGAGACGUAUUCUAUGUUUGCUCCCACACCUAGUGCUAUGCAUGAGGCAAGAGAAUUUAUUGGUGAACUCUGCAAAGAUGAUCAAGAAGUUAAUUUGGAAUUUGGUGCAAUUUAUACAGCCACAAUAACUGAAAUAAGAGAUUCUGGAGUGAUGGUAAAAUUGUACCCAAACAUGACACCAGUGUUACUCCAUAAUUCACAGCUUGAUCAAAGGAAGAUCAAACAUCCUAGUGCCCUGGGAUUAGAAGUUGGACAAGAAAUCCAGGUUAAAUACUUUGGGCGUGAUCCAACUGAUGGUAGAAUGAGGCUUUCUCGCAAAGUUCUGCAGUCACCAGCCACCACCGUGCUUAAAACCCUUACAGACAAAAACAGUAUUGUCCUGGGAGGCACUGCUCCGGAGUCGUCAUCAUCAUCGCAGUGACAAGGCUUCUUCCUGAAAAUUGGAUCCAUCUUCACCUGAGUCUGCAGAUGUCUUCACAGGAAUCUGUAUAUGGAUGGGAGUGAACCAUAUUUUUAAAACAGAUGCUGUUCAUGUUAAAGAUGAUGUGGAACUUCAAAGUCUUGAAACUGAUUAAAACACUCUUCAAAAGAAAAACAGAAACAAGCAACACUCUUAUGUUGUGUACCAUGGUGAGAAUCUAGGAAUGUGGAAUUGCACAGAUUGAAGAGCGGAUUGUUUUGGGUUUUUUCCAACAGUCACUUCAGUUCUCAAGGCUUUUUUCUCACUGUCAUCUCAAGACAGAAAUGUAAAGAUGAGAAGUGCUGAAAAAGUGCUUCUGGGAGAAGGAAUUGUACAUUGGUCAGUGUCAGCAGCUGAGGCAUACUUGGCCAGACCAACUUCUGCUGGCUUUUCUGAGUACAAGAUUGAAAUGUUGGUCAAAAUGUGUAAACUUAAAAAUGAUCUCCUUUAUCAUGACUGAUGUUGUUUCAGAUAAAUUGAUGACUGCCAUAGGAUUCAGAAUUGCUAAAAUUAUGUUCUAUUGUCUGGCUUCCUGAUCCUUUGAAUUUCAAAAUAUUUCCAAGGGUCUCCCUAGAACUACUUGUUCUUCUACGGUGAGAUAUAGAUCUUAAAAAUCCAACAGAGAUCCCCUCUGAUGUACUCAAAUUUGUAGGUAUUCUUCAUAGGAUAAUCAGGUUUCUGACAGCAAGUGGGCUCUGGAGCUUUUGAAGGAAAAAACAAACAAAAAAAACAACACUGUGGAGAAGAGAAAUGUGAAUUUAUUGUAUUAAAAAAAAA